AUGACUCAAAUAUAUCCUGAGGAUGUUCUCUCACUCAUCUAUGCAAUACAUGCAGUGAAUUUGUUUGUUUUUGAACAACGAGAUGUAUCUUUUAAGAGUUUUGAGAAGUCACUUCGAUUAUUGCAGUACGAUCCAUCAAAUAUUGAGAAUUUAAUUUUAUGUUUGGAUGUUGCUGCAAAUGGAUCAGAAGGUUCUAGCGUUUUAUGUUUAUCGAGCGAUGGAAGCAGUUCAGAUGUCUACUUUUCUAGUAAUAGAGAUCACAAUUCAUUAUUUUUAAUUAGUGCAAGACUGAUGCUUUCACAAUAUUGUUUAUGUUUGGGAUUUAUUCCUACAGCAAGCCAUUUUCUUAAUGAGGCAGAUAUCAUGCUGAAGAAUAGAUUUCCUACUUACAGAAAUCAGAGCUACUUGCCAUCAAGCAUUCUAGGAGCAAUGGUGGAUCCUAUUGCCUCUCUUUAUCAAGGACUAACACCAGACGAAAUCUUUGUUUUGAAAUACAGAUUAGUAUGUGGUGUUAAAUUAGACGAUAUUAGAUUUUUCCAAGAGAGAUUGCCUCAAUAUAUUGGAUAUUCAACACCUCAAACUUUUGAACCCUAUACGAGAACGUCAUCUGUGCUAUUAGAUGACCCUAAAUAUUUAUUUUCUUCCUAUGUUAACAAGUAUAUAUUUGGUACAGCACUGUUUAUUAUUGGAAUGGGAAAGAAGGAUUUGCUGAACUUACUUCUUUCACCAAAUAUUGUACUGAAAGAUCAGCCAAAUAUACCAUUCAUGAUCAUUGGAGUAUUGGAUUUUAAUGGAAAAUUAUUGAAAAAACUCACAAUUGAUAGAUUCAAAAUGACUGAAUCAGAGGUAAGCUCUCUUACCAUCCCAACUGAGAUUACCCAUAGAUAUGCAGACUUGGUUUUCACAUUCCAGAAAAUAUUCACGACAAGCUAUAGCUUCCUGGUAUUGCAUGAAGUUGUUAUCAAUUAUUCUAGUCCUCUCACCUUGAUGAACAUUGGCAGAAAUGAUAUUGAUAUUGAAAAUGUUAGAAAAUGUUUGAAUUUUAGAAAUGAAUUUGCUGAUGAGUUGAGUGAUCUGUAUGCUGUUUUACCUGAUUACACCAUUCAUUUCAUAAGUUUAGUAGUAAUUACAGUAUUUCAAGUUGCAAAAAUUCACUAUGACAAGAUAUUAGAUAGUGGAAUGAACUUUGAACGAAAAUUAUUAACAAGAUUGAAAAAUGAUUUUAGAAUGUUGCAUAUAUUAAGAAAGAAAUUCCCACAAUUAUUUGAACAUGACCAUCUCAUUACUUUCUACAAUGCAAUUGAGGAUAAAAUAAACCAAAUAUCUAAUUAG